AUUAGAAGCUUAUGUGGACAUUCUUGCAUUUGUUAUUUUGUUUUAUCAACUUUUUCAGGGCUGAUUUCAUUUCUUGUUCAGAUCAGGCGUUUUUUUCUCCUCUGAAUCAUAUAUUGUUCACAUCUGUUUGCUGAUUACUUGUGGACCCAAUUCUUCAUCCUGUAUAAAUCAAACAAAAAAAAUUGUGUGAUGAAAUGCCUUCUGAUUCUGAUUCUGCAUUCAGUAAAUACUAAAAAGUUGAGGUUCUACACAACAAUCUAAAUGUUUGGCUGGGUUUGUAUUUUUAGAUUGUUUUGAGUGGAAACAGAUAAGGGUUAGCCUGCAUUCAUGUGUAUGUCUUUUUAUAUGUGUGAUAGGGGAAGAGACUAUAUUGUGAUUUGUGUCUACUGCUGACAUUGUGAUGCAGAUUCUUGUGAGUUGUGAUCCUGUUACCAUCUAGAAGGGAACUUGAUCAUUGUUUAAAGGGCGUGAGUUGAGCUAAACCAUCCUGGUCAGUCUGAUCACCAUGUCUGCAUAUGGCCAUAUAAUGGAAAGGGAAAUCUCGGCUCACAGUCUUUCGAGCAGAGGAAAUUCAGAAAUGGGAAGCCGUUUUACUAUGGAGACAGGAAUUUACAUGUCGUCUUUUGCUGCCACAGUCUUCAUUGCUGGGCUUGUAACAGUUGGGGUUUCGAUAAUGACACUAUUGAUAACCUUGACAGUGAUGUUGCAGUCCUGUCAGAACAAAAAUUCUGGGGUUAUAGAGGGUCUUCGGGCAUCGAAAUCCACUUAUAAUUAUCAUUACUGCUUGGCUUUUGCUAUGCAUAUGGAGCUGAACAAUUUGGAUUCGAAUUCUUUCUCCGAAAUUUGUAAGGAUGCUGCAAUUCAGUACAUCAGAGAAGGCCAAUACAUGAACGAUUUAAAUGUUACCGUGCAGUUGGCUGAGAAUUACUUCAGCACUAUCGAACCGCUAGAAGAUGGUAAGGAUGUUGUGUUGAUGGAUGCUGAUGACUUUUUCCCCGAAGAAGACCUCUUAUACCCGAACCUAUCAUUUCAUCAAUCCCGAGAAAAUGGCUGCUCUGAUUGUACAGAUGACUAUGCGAAAAACCUGAAGCUUGUUUUUGUCCAAAAAUUGUACAUGAAACUUCAAGCCAGAGGGUGGCAACUGGUUUUGCUAUCAAGGAAGCCCGAGAAAUUACGUAAUGCCACAAUAGAAUACCUUCUUUCAUCAGAAUGCAGUGGCUGGUCAUCAUUAAUUAUGAGAAAGAACCACGAAAUGCAAACAGAUACACUCGAAUACUUUUCUGCACAAAGGACAGCAUUGCAAGAUGCAGGAUUUCGUAUUGUAGCUGCUAUUAGCAGCCGUUUGGACGCCCUAACCGGCCCCUCUCCAGGAAAGCGCGUUUUCAAGCUACCAAAUCCUAUUUCAGUAUCAAGCCAGCAGCACAUUUCGAGUGCUUGAACCAACCGAAGAAGAUUAUAGAUUAUAUUGUUGCCAGGAAAAAAACAAAGUCACUAAGCUACUGCACCUGCUGCUUGAAUAUAAUGUUUUAAGUGAAUGAAAGUUCCACAAUCUUGUCGGGCCAGGGUGUGGGGCCCUGGUGCCUGGGGACGAUGGAUUUCGCCUUGGGUGAGUAGAAUGAGAGUUGCCAUUAGAAAGGAUUGACACAAGUUUGUGAAUUGUGAUUGGGUUGGCAGUGCAAAAUUUUAUAAGUUUCUUAGAGUUCUGGUCUUGUAUAUGUUGGUGUACAGUUGCAAUUUUGACAUUGCUGUAGAUUUACACAGAUCAAAAGCUUGCAUUUUGCUGGAAUUGGAUGAACAAGUACAUGCAAGAUCUUUUAAUACAAUUAUUUUUUUUAAUUA